UGCUAGGAUUUGGGGGGGUGGGGUGGGUAUGCUUACUGGGACCUUGGAGCAAAUGACCAGACAAUUGUUCCUUUUGCCUUGGAAGGGCCUGUGAGUGUGUGUGUGUGUGUGUGUGUGUGUGUGUGUGUUGUCCCUGCUUCAAUCCUUCCCCAAUCCCACCACCCUGUCCACCCACCCCUGCCCUCUUUGAGGCUGACUCUUACUCCCUCACUGAGCACUGCCUCUAACCCUGGGUUCCUCUGUUUGCCUCAAUCCCACAUCUGUUCCACAGGGUAUCUCCCUCCUUCCUGCUUUUUGUCCUUUUGCCUGGACUUUAUCUUUCCUCCCCAUGUAACCGCUAUUGCUCCCUCCCUGAUCCCCUGGACCUAUAGCCCUGUUCCUCAGCAUCAUAGCAUUUCUGCUCUGUCUACACAGGCCUCCCACUGCAUUUCUUCCUUCUGCCCUCCCUUGCUCUGUCCCAGGCAGCUGCCACCUCCCAUUUCCUGUCUAGGCCUUCUGUCUGUUUCUGCCUGGGUUAUUUUUCAGACUGACCCUUCUCUAGGUGGGUUUUGGGUGUGGUUGCUGAGCUUCCAACCCCCUUCCAUGGGGGCCUUUCUGGCCCCUCCAGAGUUCCAGUUUGGCCUGUUUCCUUCUCCCCCUUCCUGUUGUGAAGCUGCAGCCAUUGCCUCUGGCUCCCAGUCUCUGCCAGGAUUCUCCUGGUUGUGUGGGGCAGUGGUGAAGCAGGAGGUCUUGGGCUGAGCUGGAAUCCCAGCCCUGUUCCUCUCCAUGUAGCCUCUUCACCUGGACUCACUCACGUGUAAACGAAAAAGAAAAGAAAUGAAAAAGAGGAAAAAAGAAAAAGAAAAAAAGAAAAAGGAAAUUGUUUGAAAAUUUGAAAAGGUAUCAGCCUGAGAUGCAGAAUGAGGAAAAUGAAGCAGAGGUGCAGGAGGAGAAUGGACCUGCAGCAGAGAGGCUGACUCUACAGCGACUACUUUUUCCAGCUAAAAGGUGAAUCUGCCAGUGGAUGGAAUGUGAACAAGAUGUGGGAGAUACACAAUGGAGUAUUAUUCAGCCUUAAAGAGGAAGGACACUCUGACAUAUAUUCCAACCCGGAUGAACCUUGAAGACACAUGCUAAGUGAAAUAAGUUGGUAACAAAAGGAGAAUAUUGUGUGAUUCCACUUAUAUGAGUGCCGAGUAAAUGAGAAUCAGUGUAUUUGUUGAAUGGAUAAAUGAAAGACCAUGAUUGGACACAGAGUUGAAGAGAAGCCCAAACAGAAGGAGAAAUUGGGAAGAUUCCAUUUUUCAUUUGAUUUUGGAAACCAAUUUCUUUUAUCCUUGGAUGUUUUGUUCUUUGGGUUGUUUCUCUGGUAUCUUCAUACUUUGUCUGCAGCCCACUGUCCCUCAUCUUCAGUAAAUGUGAGAAGAGCACAAGGACCACCCUGCACAACACAGUUGAGGGAAACAGAAAUGAUCAAAAGGCUUACCCAUCUCCGACUCUGCUAUUUAGAUGGUCCUCCUCUGGGAUUCCUGCUCAGCGUCUAUGAAUGGACUUCAGAAGUGUGUAGGACAUUUUUUUGAGGAUUUAUGAAGGGCUAUCACAUACCAGAUGAAAUACAAAGCAGGAGCAUUGAAGCCUGAGUAACGGACCUUGUCAGCCCCAACUCAACUUAGCUAAACGUAGCCUCACUGAACCUGAUCCGAGACUCUGCUUCCUGGGCUUGCUGCAGCUCUCUGAUCCUGGAAUCCUCUUCAGUUCCAGCUAGAUGCUGCGUCAGGCACUUCGUAGAUUUGGUCAAAAACUGGUACGCGGACCUACGCUGAAGGAACCGGUGGCUGAGAAUGACCCACAGAGAAGACUGAGCACUCUGGAUUUAGUGGCCCUGGGUGUAGGCCGCACAGUGGGUGUAGGUGUGUAUGUCCUGGCUGGUGAGGUGGUCAGAAAUCAAGCAGGACCAUCCUUUGUGAUUUGUGUUUUGGUGGCCAUCCUGUCUUCUCUAUUGGCUGGGAUGUGCUAUGCAGAGAUUAGUGCCCGGGUUCCCCAUUCUGGUUCUGCAUAUCUCUACAGCUUUGUCACUAUAGGUGAACUCUGGGCCUUCGUCACUGGCUGGAACCUCAUCCUCUCCCUUGUUGCUGAGAAAGCCAUUGCGUUCAGCACAUGGAUCUUAAUUUUUGACAACCUGCGUGGAAACCAGGUCUCUCAGACUGUGCAAGAGAGAAUCUCAGGGCACAUUUCCCAUUUCCUCAGAGAAUAUCUAGAAUUCUUUGUUCUUGGUUUUAUGGUGGUGUUCAUGGAGUUCAGGUAUUUUUGGUAUUUCUGGCCAUUAUCGACUUCCACACUUGCCAAAGUGUUCACAUUGGUGAAAAUUCUGGUUCUCAGUUUUGUCAUCAUCUCUGGCUUCAUUAAGGGGGACCUGCACAACUGGAAGCUCACAGAAGAGGACUAUGUAAAGGCUGGGCUCAAUGACACCUCAAGCUUGGGCCCCCUGGGCUCUGGAGGAUUUGUGCCUUUUGGGUUCGAGGGGAUUCUCCGUGGAGCAGCUAUCUGUUUCUAUGCAUUUAUUGGUUUUGAGAGUAUUGUUGCCAGAGUUGAAAAAGCCAAGAAUCCCCAGCGUUCCAUCCCGAAGGGCAUUGUGGUUUCACUGUUCAUCUGCCUUCUGGUAUAUUUUGGUGUCUCUUCAGCACUUACGCUCAUGGUGCCUUACUACCAGAUUCAUUCUGGGAGCACCUUGCCUGAGGUAUUUCUCCAUAUUGGCUGGGUCCCUGCCUACUAUGUGGUAGCUUUUGCAUUGCUGUGCAUUCUUUCCACCAGCCUUUGGGGCUUUGUGAGGCCAAUGCGCCGGGUGUUAUACAUGAUGGCAAAGGAUGGCCUCCUGUUCAAUGUCCUUACCCGUAUCUCUUACCGCGAAUACAUCAUUAUCAUAAUCAUUGUGAUGAUUGGAACAGUUGCAGUCAUUAUAUCAUUCCUUGGCGUCACUGAUCUCUUGGACCUCAGGUCGGUUGUGUCCCUGAUUUCUUACUCCCUAGUUGCGAUUUGUGUUCUCAUCCUCAGGUAUCAGCCUGAGAGGAGGAAUGGGGGAAAUGAAGCAGAGGAGCAGGAGGAGAAUGGACCUGCAGAAGAGAGGCUGACUCUACAGCGACUACUUUUUCCAGGCAGCUCCUCCCCCACUCCACUCUCUGGCCGGGUUGUCUAUGUUUGUUCCUCACUGCUUGUUCUCCUAAUUAUUCCUCUUUGCUUAGUGCUGACCCAGUGGCCAGUUCUGCUUUCUGGAGACCCAGUGUGGAUUUCAGUGGUUGUGCUUCUCUUGGUGCUCAUCACUGGGCUCACUGGGGUCAUCUGGAGACAGCCACAGAGCUCCAGUUCCCUUCACUUUAAGGUCCCUGCUCUGCCUCUCCUCCCAUUACUGAGCCUCUUUGUGAAUGUUUGCCUUAUGAUGCAGAUGACAUCUGGCACCUGGGUGGUAUUUGGUGUGUGGAUGCUGACUGGGUUUGUUAUCUACUUUGGCUAUGGGGUCCAUCACAGCUGGGUCACUAACCCCACUUAAGUUUGGCCAAAAGUGUAGACCUUGAACUCAGCUGUGUCAGUACAUAUGCAGUUGGACAUCAUCACACCUGAAUGCAGUCAGGUCCCCUGCCUAAUAAUGCAGUACUCUUGAUCACAUGGAAAAGUAGGCCUCCCAUGGGAUGCUGGUGGGUGAAUACUAAUAGAGCUCUGUGUAUAUUGUGGAGUGAAGGAUGUGCCUUUGCUCAUUCUUUUUUUUUUCUUUUGUUUUUUUUUUCCUUUUUGACUUGUCUACUUAUAUUGUGUCUGUAGUUGGUUACAGGCUUUAAAAUAUUAUUAAAAGAAACUAGAAAAAAAAUUUAUUUUCUUCGUUAAAUAUCCAGUAGCUGUGGGGUGCCUGGCUGGCUCAGUCAGUAGAGCAUGCAAUUCUUCUCUCAGGGUGGUAACUUUGAGCCCCAUGUUGUGUAUAGAGAUUAUUUAAAAAAAUAGCCAGUAGCAGAAUUACUGGAUCAUAGGUACUUUUAUUCUUAAUUUUUUGAGGAACCUGCAUACUGCUUUCCACAGUGGCUGCACCAACUGACAUUCCCAACAAUAAUAUCUGAGUGUUCCUUUUUCUCCAUAUCCUUGACAAUACUUGCUUAUUUUGUCUUUUUGAUUUUAGCCAUCCUGACAGGUUUAAAGUGAUAUCCAAUUGUAGUGUUAAUUUACAUUUCCCUGUCAUUAGUGAUGGUGAACACCUUUCCAAGUGUCUGUUGCCCAUCUGUAUGUCAUCUUUGGAAAAAUGUCUGUUUAGUUUCUCUGCCCAUUUUUUAAGUGGACUGAGUUGUAUAAGUUCUUUCUGUAUUUUGUGUAUUAAUCCAUUAUUGGAUAUAUCAUUUACAAAUAUCUUCCCUUAUUCAGUGGGUUGCCUUUCUCUCUUGAUGCUGGUUUCCUUUUCAGGGCAAAAGCUUUUUAGUUACAUGAAUUCAAAAAGAUAUAUGCACCCAUAUGUUUAUUGUGGCAUAGUUUACAAUAGCCAGGACAUGGAAGCAGCCCAAAUGUCCCUUGAUAGAUGAAUAAAGAAGAUGUAAUAUCUAUCAAAUUAUCUAUCUAUCUAUCUAUUUAUCAUCUAUCUAUCUGUCAUGGAAUAUUACUGAGCUAUAAAAAAGAAUGGAAUCUUGGCAUUUGUAACAACAUGGAUGGACCUAGAGAAAAUAAUACUAUGUGAAAUAAGUCUGUUCAGAGUAAAACAAACACCAGAUGGUUCUACUCUUAUACCAAUUUAAGAAAUAAAACAAUAACAACAAAAAAAGGAAAAAGUGAGAAAAACAGUAAAAACAACCCCAUACACUCAAAUAUAGGGAACAAACUGUUGGUUGUCAAAGUGAAGUGGGUACAGGGAUGGGUGAAAUAGAUAAAGGGAAUUAAGAGUAUACAUAUCAGGAUGAGCACUGAGAAAUGUGUGGAAUCGUUGAAUCAUUAUGUAGUACACUUAGAAUAAUACGACACUGUACGCUAAUUAUACUUCAACAAAAACAACAAAAACAAGAAACUAGAAUCAAACCAAAAAAAAAAAAAAAGAUGAAAUAUGGCCCCUGCCCUUAAGGGGCUUAUAUUCUAAUACAAGGGGUAAAGCAUAGCUGUAACACAAAGUAGAAAGUGUUGUCAUAAUAAGUAAUAUACAAAUAAAGUGUCCUGGGAAUUCAGAGUGGUGGAGGAUCCCAUGGGGUUGGCACAGUGGUGAGGGUUGAUUGGUGAAAUCAGAGAAGACUUUGUAGAGGAAUGGCAUUUGAGUUGGCUCCCUCCAAGACAGGUUAGGAUUUUCCCACAUGUGGGCAGCAGUGAGAGACUGUAGGCUGAGAGAACAACACUUGGAGAAGCACAGGAAAAUGAAGCAGUGUUCAGAACACAAUGAACACACUGUAGUGUGUGUAGCCUGAGCCUUGGCUGUGAGAGGGGCCAACAGAACAUGCACAAGUGGAUUGGAGCCAGAGCGCUCCUCUGAGCACAAAACACUUGGAUUUGAACUCACUACCCAUAAUGAAAAUCCCUAGGGUUGGUUCUUCUACUUGGCGAUAUCUGUGUUCUUGGACUUGAAAGUUUCUCUACUCUUGUCUGCUUUGGUCCACCUGCUCAUAAAGUGCACAGCUGGGAGCCAAGUAUCCUGGAUUCUGCUCUUGUUCCCACCAUUAACUAGCAAUGUGACCUUGAGCAAGCCUUUUGUUUCCUUCAAUGUUUUGCUUAUUUAUUUUUAUUUUUUUGUAACACGAGACGUCAGAACUGAUUAUUUCUAAAGUUAGGUUCACUUACAGAAUUCUAGGAUUUCCUCUGGUUCUUGUGUCUUGUUAUUCUCUCAGCUAGGUCUCUCUACUGCAGGCAACCUGAACCUGCAUCCUGCCCACUUUUCACUACAACCCAUGUUGGACUUAUAAGGAUGCGAUAAAUAACACCCCAUUUCUCACUUCUAUGUUUGGAACCAACUGAUAACCAAGACAUAGAGACAGUUGAUUAAACACUUAGCUUUUGAUCUGUAGCCCAAUUGGCUUGCUAAGCCUGCAUCACUAAAUUAAACAGACUUAUUCCUCAUCACAAGUAAUGCGAAGCAAUCUCCACAAGACGCCACAGGAAAGAUUCUGCUUUAAUUAGAUUUUUUAUGUAUGAGCAGGUUGCAAUGCAUGUGCUUCGGUCAGUUUGGCACUGGAAAAAAAAGGAAAACCAAUUAAAAAAUGGAAGGGGCUGAGCUGGGCAUGAUUAGUGCUGUUUCUUUAACUCACUAAUCAAAGUGACAGUAAGGGGGGCAGUUUUAUUCCUGGAGUGGGGCCAGGAAUAGUACUCUGUCAGUGGUUCUCAAUCUUCAGCAGGUGUCACCAUACCCUGAGGACUUGUGACAAAACAGAUUGCUGGUCCCUGGCCCCAGCAUUUAGAAAUCAGUAGGUAUGGGUAGAGCCCACAACAUGUACUUCUAACAACAUCCCAGUUGAUGCUGAUGCUUCUGGUCCUAGGACCACAUAUAGAAAACCAAGUCUCCACAUGGAAAGAUGGAAGUAAAGGACACAAAAUUGCCUUUUGAACACUUGCCUUCAUCUCAUGAAACAUUUAGAUUAAAAUACCAUUGUUAAUCCUAUCACCAUGGGGAAAUCAUUGUGAAUCAUUUCACAAUGUAUAUGUAUGCCAGAUCACCACACUGUAUACUUUAAAUAUCUUAAAUUUUAUAUGUCAAUUUUACCUCAAUAAAGCUGAAAUAAAAGAUAAAA